CAUAGUUAAACGCUGGUGUAUGGGAGAAGGUAAACAAACAUGGCUGCUUUGUCGCCUCUUCUGCUCGUCACCAUUUGUUUUGUUAACUUGUGUUCCGGCUAUUCGCCUAAUUGGGACUCACUAGAUUCCCGACCAUUGCCUGAAUGGUUUGACCAGUCCAAGAUAGGGAUUUUUAUCCAUUGGGGAGUGUUUUCUGUACCUAGCUUUUCCGGAGCUUUUAUAUGGUACGCAUGGAAAAGCUUUAAGGAUCCAGCUAUUGUGAAGUUUAUGUCUGAAAACUAUCCCCCGAACUUCACUUAUCCCGAUUUCGCAGCACAGUUUACAGCGGAGUUCUAUAAUCCGGAUAAAUGGGCGGAAAUCUUUAAAGCUUCCGGGGCCAAGUACGUUGUUCUGGUGACGAAGCACCACGAUGGUUUUACUAACUGGCCUUCCAAAUAUUCCUGGAACUGGAAUUCCAUGGACGUAGGUCCUAACCGUGAUCUUACAGGAGACCUUGCUGCAGCUGUAAGGAAACAGAAGGACAUGAAGUUUGGAGUGUAUCAUUCUCUGUACGAGUUCUAUAACCCACUGUACCUACAAGACAAGGCUAACAAUUACUCAACUCAGAAAUUCGUCAAGACGAAGACCAUGCCGGAGCUCUACGAACUUGUCAACAGUUACAAACCGGAUUUGAUCUGGUCAGAUGGAGCAUGGGAGGUUGAUGAUACAUACUGGAACUCUACAAGCUUUCUGGCAUGGCUUUACAAUAGCAGCCCAGUUAAGGACACCGUGGUGGUCAAUGACAGGUGGGGAAAGAAUACGCCCUGUAAACAUGGCGGCUACUGGAAUUGUGACGACAGGUACAACCCACGUGUCCUUCAGAAGCACAAGUGGGAAAACUGUAUGACCCUAGAUAAGGGCUCGUGGGGCUUCCGGCGUCCUGCUACUUAUGCUGACUACAUGUCCAUAGAGGAACUUCUAAAAACCCUGGCGGAAACAAUCAGUUGUGGGGGAAACCUGCUUAUCAAUGUUGGACCAACACACGACGGACGGAUCAUUCCGGUUUUUGAAGAACGUCUCCGAGAGUUGGGAAGCUGGCUUGACCUCAACGGAGAGGCGAUCUAUUCCAGUGUGCCAUGGGCACACCAGAACGACACCGUCACAUCCGGUGUCUGGUACACAUCCCGGAAAUCAACCAAUCAAACAAUGGUAUAUGCGAUUGUUUUGAACUGGCCAAAAAAUGACCAAUUGGUUCUUGGUUCUCCAGUCGUUACCCCGGCAACUAAAGUAGAACUGAUUGGAUACCCAGCAAAACUAAGCUGGAAAGCAAAACCGGACGUCAAAACUGGGAUGGUGAUUACAAUACCACCAGUUUCAAUAAGCACAAUGGUUUGCAAGUGGGCGUGGGUUUUCAGGUUGUCAGGCCUUGGAAACUGACUCUCAUGAAAUACGUGAAACUUGAGUGAAAUGAAAUCCCUUACACCUACUAGCGUCUGGCAAUACUCCAUAUAUCACGUUCUUGUGACAUUAAGACUGACAAUUUGGCACCCUUAUAAAAUAUUGGACAAUAGAGAAACACAUGUAUACAUAUCAUUCGGUCAAUAAAUAUUGACCUCCGACAGAUUGUUGAAGCGCAGCAGCGAAUAGCUCGAGAUGAAUGAAAAAAAAACUGUUCUCAAUAGUAAAGUAUCAUGUAGUCCCAUUAUGUAUCUCAGCAGUGCUUUGUUUUAAUUCUUAACAGUACUUAGAUACUCGCAACAAUUACAGCUGGAAUCAUUAUAAUCAUGCUUGUAAUCAAAUUUUGAUGUUCUAAAAUAACAUGAUUGGACCUGUUUGAAUGAACAGAAUGCCUAUCUCAUUAACCUGUACCAUCACCCUUAGAUGGUAUCGUCUUUCAUUGUUGAUAUCUAAAUCUGGAAAUUGUUACCGACUCUAAUUUACAAUUCUUUGAUAAUAGAAACCUAUCGUUAAAAAUAAAUUAUUUAAGCAAUGUUUAGAGGAAUAUCUAAUCUAUCGAAUGGCUUAGAUGAAAGGUGACAAAGUUCUUUGCUGUACAGCUAUCGAAGAAAAAGUUGUUCUAUAUAAUAUAAACCAAUAUUUUAUUUUAUUGCAUUUUUGCCAGUUAAAUAGAGAAAUUUAUCAAAACGAAUAAAACUUAUAUUUUCACUGCAGCGAUGAGCAGUGAAAAUAUAAGAUUUUGCAGUGAUGAUAUAGGAUUUUGCAGUGAAAAUAUAAGUUUUGCAGUGAAAAUAUAAGUUUUUCGUUUUUGGCCAAUCAGACGAACCUUUGUAUUCACCACAUUGAAACUUGCCGAUUUUUCCAAUCGAAGCGAAUAUAGAUAAAUUGGUCAUUUUUCUGUAUUUCUGAAAUAUUCAGACUAGUUUUUGACGAAAUACUAACUUGACGAUAGCUAUUCAUGCAUACUUUCUCCGAUAAGAGCAGAAAACGCUUAAAUUGUGUUGAUCAGUCCAUUCAAAAUGGCGCUAUUCUUCGCACUCGCGAAAAUAUCGAUAUUCUGUCAUACUCGUGAAAUAUGUUAUAUUACACGGGAAACCAUUCAAAAUCAUCUAUAUAUUUGUCAAUUUUUGCAACUAUAUUAUUUCUGCAACUUUAUAAUUUGUGCAUAUAUAUAAUCUGUGCAUUUAUAUAAUUUGUGCAUAUACUGUGAAUGCCUUUUUACAUGUAAUGUAAAAUAAAACUUGCCAGAUCCAUUCAUAUCUAUUACAUUUAAUAUGUUUGAAUCAAAGCAUGCAAGGGUAUAUUAUUUUCAAAGAAAAAAUAUCAGAUCUCUUGCUUUGAUUGCAAAAAAUGUAGUGUGCUGAAAGUGAUGACAUAUGUCUCCACAGUGACCUAAGCGUAACCGACAUCAGCUUUCACUUCAUUUUAUCAUAUUAUGUUAACACGUUACAAAUUAAAAUAACCAAUGAUUAUCAUCUAA